AUGGAUGGGUGGGGGGUGUGGAUAGGUGAGUUUAUUGAUGGGUGGUGGGUGGGAGGUGGUGUGUUUGUUGUUUGGGUUAGUUGUGGGGUGGGGGGUGGUGGGUGUUGGGGUUUGGGGGGGGGGUUUUUUUGGGUGUGGGGGGGGGGGGUGGGGUGUGGGGUGGGGAUUGGUGUUGUUAGGGGGUUGGGGGGUGGUGGGGUGGGGGUGUUUUGUGUGGGGGGGGUGAGUGGGUGGUUGGUUGGGGGGGGGGGGUGUGGGGGGGUGUUUGUGGGGGGGGGGGGGGGGGUGUGGGGGGGGGGAAGAGGGGUGGUUGGGUGUGGGGGUGUUUUUGUGGGGGGGGGGGGGGGGGGGGGGGAUGGGGUGGGAUGGGGUGUUGGUUGGGGGGGGGGGGGGUUUGUGGUGUUUUGGGGGUUGUUGGGGUUGUUGGGGUGUGGGUUGGUUGGGGUUUGGUGGGGGGGUUGUUGGUGGUGGGGGUGGGGUGAAUGGGUUUGGUGGGUGGAGGUUGUGGUGUGGGGUUGGGUUGGGUGUGGUGUGUUUUGGGUGGAUGUGUGGUGUUGGGGGGGUGUGGGGGGGUGGUGGGUAGGUUGGGGUGGUUAUUGUGGGGGGGGGUGUUUUGUUGGUGUAUUGGGGGUUUGGGGGGUUUGUUGGGUGGUGGUGUGUUGGGGUUGUGGUUUGUGGGUUGGGUUGUGGUUGGUGGGUAUUUUGGGGUAUGUUUAUAUUUUUUGGGUGGUUUUUGGUGGGAUUAUGGGGUAUUUUUUAGAUUUAAUGGUUUGGUUUGGAUUGUGGGGAGGUGGUGGGUUAGAAGAGGUGGGGUGGGGUGUGUGUGGGGGGGGGUGGGUUGGUGUGGGGGGGGGGGUGUGGGGGGUGGGGGGGGGGUUGGUUGGGUUUGGUUUGGGUGGGGUGGGUGGGGGGUGGGGGUGUGAUGGGUUGUGGGGGGGAGUGGGGGGAUGGGGGAUAGUGUGGGGGUGGGGGGGGGUGUGUGGGGGGGUUGUGGGAGGGGGGGUGGGGUGGGGGGUGAGUUGGGGGGGAGUGGGGGUGGUGGUGUGUGGGUGGGGUGUGUGGGGGUGGAGGGGUGGGGGUGUGGGGGGGGGGGUUGGUGUUGGGGGUGGGGGGGUUUGUGGGGGGUGGGUUUUGUGUGUGUUUGGGGUGUUGGUAGAUAUGUGGGGGGGUUAUUAUGGUGUGGGGGUGGGUGGGGUGGGGGUUGAUGGUUGUGUGGAGGGGGGGGGGGGGGGUGGGGGGGUGGUUUUGGGGGGGUGGGGGGUUGGGGGUGGUGGGGUGGGUGGGUGUUGGUUGUGGUGGGGUGUUUUGGGUUGGGGUGGGGUUUGGGGUGGGGGUUUUGUGGUGGUGGGUGGUGUGGGGGGGGGGGGUGGGUGGGGGGGGGGUGGGGGUGGGGGUGGGGGGGUGGGGUGGGGGUUGUUGGGGGGGGGGGGUGGGGUGGGGGGGGGAGGGGGGGGGGGUGUUUUGGUGGGGGGGUUGUGGUGGGGGGUGGUGUGGUGGGGGGGGGGGGGGGGGGGGUGGGGGGGUUGGGGGGGGGUGGGGGUUGGUGGGGGGGGGGGGGGGGGUUUUGUGGUGUGUGGGGGGGGGGGGGGGGGGGUGGGUGGGGGGGGGGGGGUGGGGGUGGGUGUGUUGGGUGGGGGGGUGUGGGUGGUUGUUGUUGGGGGGGGGGGGGUGGGGUGGGGGUGUGGGGUGGUGGGUGGGGGUUUUUGGGGGUGGGGUGUGGGUGUUGGGUGUGGGUUGGGGGUUGGGUGUGGUGUGUGGGUGGGGUUUGGGUGGGUGUGGUGUUGUAGGUUGGUUGUGGGUUUGUGGGGGGAGUGGUGUGUUUGGUUGGGUGUUUGGGGGUUGUUUGGUUUUGUUGGGGGUGGAGUUUGGGGUGUGGGGGGGGUGUGUGGUGUGGGUUGUGGGGGGGUUGGGGGGUGUUGGGGGUGUGGUGUUUGUUGUGUUGGGGGGGGGGUGGUGUGUGGGGGGUUGUGGUGGGGGGGGUUGUUUGUUAGGUUGGGGGGUGGGGUGGGGGGAUGGUUGUGUGGGGGGGGGUGGGGGGGGGGGGGGGGGGUGUGUGGUGGGGGGGUGGUUCUUUAA